AUGGCGCGGUCGGCGCACGACGAGGUGACCGACUCCGGGGCCUUUGACCCGUCGCCGUCUACCUUCCGGAGCUUCGUGUCCAGGGACAGCUCCGCCCGGUUCGCCGCCGCGCCGGGGAGGUACCACCUCUACGUCUCCUACUCCUGCCCCUGGGCGUGCCGGUGCCUCGCCUACCUCAAGCUCAAGGGCCUCGAUCACGCCAUCGGAUUCACCUCGGUGAAGCCCAUCUUUGAGAGGACCAAGGAGACCGAUGACCACAUGGGGUGGGUGUUCCCUGCCACCGGAGACGAGGAGCCCGGCGCCGAGCCCGACCCUUUCAACGGAGCCAAGAGCAUAAGGGAGCUCUACGAGAUCGCCAGCGCAAACUACGCCGGGAAACCAAGCGUCCCUGUUCUGUGGGACAAGGAGCUCAAGACCAUCGUCAACAACGAGAGCUCCGAGAUCAUCCAGAUGCUCAACACUGAGUUCAACGAGUUCGCCGAGAAUCCUGGCCUGGAUCUCUACCCUGCUCAUUUACAGGCCUCCAUAGACGAGAUCAAUGAGUUGGUGUAUGAGGCGAUAAACAUCGGCGUCUACAAAUGUGGCUUUGCAAAGCAGCAGGGGCCAUACGAUGAGGCUGUCACGAAACUGUAUGAGGCUCUGGACAAAUGUGAGGAUAUUCUAAGCAGGCAACGCUUUCUAUGCGGCAAUCAACUUACAGAGGCAGAUGUUCGUUUGUUUACAACUCUUAUAAGAUUUGAUGAGGUUUACUCUGUUUACUUCAAAUGCAACAAGAAGCUUAUAAGGGAAUAUUCAAAUCUGUUCAAUUACACCAAGGACAUCUACCAAAUUUCUGGCAUUAGCAGCACGGUGAACAUGGAGCACAUUCGGAAGAGCUACUAUGGAGGUCACUCGCCCAUAAAUCCAUACGGGAUUAUCCCUGUGGGCCCAAACAUCGAUUAUAAUGCUCCGCAUGAUAGAGAGAAGUUCAAGGCUUAG